UCCAACGCGUGUGUCCUCUCUCCGCCGGGCAGGGUGCCUCUUAGCCCACAACGUCUGGGGCGGAUGCGGGCGGUGUUCUGCUGAAGCAGAAGCAGAUGUAGAAAUGAGAGCAACGACUCGUCCCGUCCCGUCCUUCAAGUUUGUCAACCUGCCCUCACACACGGCUCAGAGUCACGCGCAGAGUAACCCAUCCUUAUCAAUAUGGCACCGGGAGGUCUGAUCGCAGUCGUGACCGGAGCGGCGCAGGGAUUGGGAAGAGGUUUCUCCGAGAUACUUCUGCAAAACAGCGUCAAGGUGGCCCUGCUGGACGCGAAUGAAGCCGCGGGGGCGCGUGUGAAGGAGGUCUUUGACAAACAGUUCGGCUCAGACAAAACCCUGUUCCUCAAAUGUGACGUGCAAUCAGAGGAGCAGCUCAGAGUUGCCUUUCAGAAAACCAAGGAAACUUUUGGACAGUUGGACAUUGUUUGCAACAAUGCUGGCAUCAUAGAUGAGAAAAACUGGGAGAAAGCUGUUUCUGUAAACCUGCUUGGUACUGUGAGGGGAACCUACAUCGCCUUGGAGCACAUGAACCGGCACACUGGAGGUCAGGGAGGGGUCGUCAUCAACGUGUCGUCCAUGGCUGGACUGGGUCCCAUCCUGAGCUCCCCCGUCUAUACAGCCACCAAGCACGCAGUGGUUGGCUUCACACGAGCCAUGGCGGCUUCCUCCAGCGUGUCUGGCUAUGGUGUGCGGUUCAACGUUCUUUGCCCUGCCUUCACCCAAACCGACAUGCUGAACGCAUUGCGUUCUCCAGAGAGAGCAGGACAAUUCUCCCACCUGGUUGACGCAGCCCAAACUCUGACAGAGAAGUUUGGCAUUUUAUCAGUGUCUGAGGUGGCCAAAAGCUUCCUGCAGCUCGUGACUGAUGAAACUAAGAAUGGGGAAGCGCUCAUGAUACACGGCAAAGGGUCACAGUAUGUCAGCUUUCCUUCGCUCUGAGACAAACUGUGUGGAAAUACAAACCACAAGGUGUUGACACAACCGCCUCAAGCCUUUUUACUCAAUCCUCUGGUUUUUUUGUUUUUUUAUAGCAUAAGACCUGAUCCAACAUAAUGAUCCUAAUUAACAACAGCUUUCAUUUGUAUAGUGCCUUUCCAGAGCUCAAGGUCACUGAAAAAGAGAGGUAGGAAAAAACCGGUGCAACGAAUACGUAAAAUAACCAUGCGAGAAAAUGCUGCUGAAACGUUUGAGACCUGAGACGUGUACUCUCGGAAAUGAAAAUGUCCAUAACAUUUGUGUCGGUGUGUGAGUAGGUUCAUGUGAUGCCACUUCACUUGUCCAUCGGCUCAUCCCGGCUGCUGUCCCUUCAGUAGGACACGUCAGCCAUUUUCAGACAGAAAGCGGUUUGGCGAACUUUGACCUCACCACCUCGUAUCGCGAGCAGUGGAAAGAACAAAUGACCAGGAAGGAACAUAUUCACUGUAGCUUUGACAUUUUUAUUCUGCACCUAUUUUAUGAAUUCAAAUUUCAGUACCUACUAUGAUUUUAACUUUUUCAUACGGUCUAGAAGAAGGAUUUAUUUAGGAAUUAAAAGGUAUUUCUUUAUUAUUAUUUUAUAAAAGAAAAUAUAGAUUUUGUACAUGUGUAUUUCUUCAACCUAUUUGCAUUUAUUUUAUAUACACAAACAUGAUUUUUGUUUUAAUCCAACCUUGAACUUGGUGGUUAUCUGACUGAAGGUGAUCAUCUAGAUUAAUAAGACUUGGGGAAAACAACAAAACUUAAUUUAAUCAUCCCUCCUGACAUUUCUUUCUGUCCUGAUUCUUCUUUCCUCCUUUUUUCAAUGCGGUUGCUCUGUUGUAUGUAACUGUAUGAAGUGUAUUUGAUUGUUUCUCAUAAAAUGUUAAUAACAGACGGGUACAUUUGAUACAUUUGAUAUGUAUGUUUUCUUGUUAUAUUUUGAA